AUGGCUUCCAAGGCACUUGCAGUUAUCGCUGGCGUCGGCCCCGGCACGGGCGCAUCUAUCGCCAGGCGUUUUGCUCAAUCCUACAAAGUGGUGGUUCUAGCCCGCAAUCCUGACAACUACAGCCCUGUGAUUCAAGAAAUCACUGCCAGUGGUGGCCAGGCAGUCGGCAUCAGCACCGAUGUUAGCAACGGCAAUAGCGUCAAUGCCGCAUUCGAUCAGAUCGAAAAGCAGUUCCCAGGCUCACCACUUGCGGCCGCUAUCUUUAAUCCAGGGGGUGGUUUUGUGAGAAAACCCUUCCUGGAGUUGACGGAAGAUGACUUUUCGAAUGCUCUUGAUAACCAGGCCAAGGGUGGAUUCCAUUUCGCCAGACGUGCUCUGCCGCUUCUCCUCAAAGCAAAAGACUCCUCCGCCCAUCCACCAACCCUGAUUUUCACAGGUGCCACUGCGAGUCUCAAAGGAUCAUCCAACUUUGCGGCUUUUGCAGCCUCCAAAUUUGCUCUAAGAGCGCUUGCUCAAUCGCUAGCACGUGAAUUCGGACCCCAAGGCAUUCAUGUAUCUCAUGCUGUUAUUGAUGGUGUAAUUGAUAUACCUCGUACUAAAGCAUGGGUCUUCGAGCACGAGGAUGCCAAGCUGAGCCCUGAUGCUAUUGCGGAUUCGUACUGGCAUCUGCAUACCCAGCCACGAACUACGUUUGCUUUUGAGUUGGAUCUCCGGCCAUAUGUUGAGAAGUGGUAG